UUGUGAUGGCUGCUGGAUGCAGCAAAAAGUUCACCUCCAAGUACGAGGAAGAGCUGUACUACGAUGUGGAGUAUGAGGAGUUUUGCAAAACAUUCGAAUUUUCCAACUCAUCGACCUGUUGGAUCUGCAAUGGAUACUACGGACCGAACUACGAAGAACCACUGUGUGGUACGUGCCAUUCGUUCAUCUUUCCCAACCAUCCACAAGACGAAGCCGAAGGACUGGUGACGGAAGUGUCCGACGAUGAAGAUUCCGGCAACGAUGAACCGCCGGAAAAUGGUUCCGAAGCGAAAGACCGUUCCGAUGGUGAUCCAGAUGAUUACGAUCAUUUAGAUAGGCCGCGUCCAUCGGCACCGCGGAACGUAAAUCAAUAUCUGGAGAUGCUUUCACAGCCCCGCGAAACUGACGAAUCGGAAAGACAGAUCUGUGCACUGCCGGUGGAGGUGCUGCUGUCGAUAUUUUCCUACCUUGACGAUCUGUCCCUGUGGAACGCGAGCGAGGUGUGCAAGCAGUGGAAACGGAUACUGGAGGUACACAUCCCGCAGCAGAUGUGGAAAAAGUACACUAAAGAACGGUGGCCAUUAUUUCAGCAGAUUUCAACCAUUCCGAACUGGCUGCAUAUGUACGGUGCACUGAUGAACUCAUGCUUCUGCCGCACCUGUUUAAUACAGAUGGCACAUAAGGCGCCGAUGCGCGGACGGGUAAAUCACAUCCGAGCGAACCGGCUCCGCAAUGACAUUCGAUCGCUGGAUCUUGAUGCGACGGAAGGUAUCGAUGCGGUAGCACUGGACAAUCAGCUGUUUCAUUGGCAGGCAUCGAUAUUGGGGCCGGCCGGCAGCCCGUACGAGGGUGGAAAAUUUUUCCUCUACAUCGUUAUACCCUGCUCGUAUCCGAUGCUACCGCCACAGGUUCGAUUUCUAACGAAAAUCGUACACCCGAAUGUGUCACGGCAUGGUGAUGUUGGAAUUGACAUCAUACAGCACAACUGGUCGUUGGCACUUACCAUCUCCAAGUUACUGCUUUCGGUGCAGAGUUUACUGACGGAUCCUUUCACACAGAUUUGUAUGGAACCCGAGCUGGGCCGUAUGUAUGAGAAUGAUAGACCAAAGUUUGAAGCUCUCGCUCGUCGCUGGACGUGGAAGUAUGCCAUGUACGAAGUGUUACCACCGGUUGAGGGUCUCAUAUAG